AUGCGUAGUGACGACUCCGACAGAAACCUUGCGAUCUUCAGCGAUUUUGAGAAUGUAGCUCUCGGCGUGAGAGACGCAAAAUACCCAACAUUUGAUAUCGGUCUAAUCCUUGAGCGCCUAUUGGUUAAAGGCAAUGUUGUCGUCAAAAAGGCUUACUGUGACUGGGAUCGUUACAAAGAGCACAAAGCCACCAUGCACGAAGCCGCUUUUGAGCUCAUAGAGAUUCCGCACACCCGUCAAUCGGGUAAGAAUUCUGCUGACAUACGCAUGGUCGUUGAUGCGUUAGACCUCUGUUAUACGAAGGAUCACAUCGAUACAUUUGUAAUCAUCAGUGGUGAUUCUGAUUUUUCUCCUUUAGUGAGCAAACUCAGAGAGAACGCAAAGCUGGUUAUUGGCGUAGGUGUUAAGAACAGCACCUCCGAUUUGCUCAUAAAGAAUUGCGAUGAAUUCCUGUUUUACGAUGACCUGAUCAAGGAGAGCACGUCUAAACGCAGUACGCGAAAGUCAUCGAGGAAAAAGAGUGGGAGCCAAAAGGCGGCCGAAAGUACAACCAGCAAAAAGAACGAGGCUGAGGGUGAUAAGCAGGAUGAAGGCAUUGAUCUGGUUGUUGAAACCGCCGACGCGUUGAUCAAAGAAAGAGGCGACAGCGUCUUUGGUUCCAUGGUCAAGCAAACACUGAAACGUCGUCACCCUGGAUUCAGCGAGUCCUACUACGGAUUCCGUUCUUUUGGCGACCUUCUGGAAGAAGCGCAAUCACGCGGCAUAGUGACAAUGGAACUUGAUGAGCGCUCCGGCGGUUACGUUAUCCGCUCGGAGGUUACCGUGGACAACAAAAGACCCGUGCUGCUUAGCGUUGACGACGACGCAGAGGUGCUCAAAUUAAUUGAGAAAACGCUCAGUAAGCUCGACAUUGAAGUGCUCACUGCCUCGUCUGGCAAAGAAGGCCUUGCCUUCCUGAAAGAUCGUGAGCUUGAUGUUGUCAUAUCGGAUAUGCGCAUGCCGCAUAUGAGUGGCUCCGAAUUCCUCAAAGAAGUAUCAACACAUCAACCGCAUUGCUACCGGAUCGUGCUUACGAGUGACGUACAUCUAGAUGAUGCCAAAUCUGCGAUCAACGAAGGGGGUGUCUCACGAUAUCUGGAUAUUCCCUGGAAAGACGAUGAACUGCGACGCGUUGUGAGCGAGGGCAUCAGGAUCGCCGCGCUUGCGAAAGACAAUGACGAAUUGUUUCAACUCACCCAGGCACAGAACGCGGAGCUGCACACCCUGAAUGCAGAGCUUGAAGAUCGAGUCUCACGGCGAACAGAAGCACUAGAACACGCUAAUGGCAUGCUCAGUAACGCGCUGAGUGAACUUGAAGAAACAAAUGAACUCAUGGUGGAUCUUGUCGCCAACAUUGCAGCAAUGCCAAACCCGGAAAGUGACAAAUCACGGAGAAAGUUAAGGCUCGCUUUAGCCAUCGGUGCUGAGCUCGGCCUGGAUGAGGAAGACCUUCUGCAUCUCAAAUAUGCAACACGCCUCCACAAGCUCGGCUGGGUGGGUGUGCCAAAAAGUAUCACGGCAAAACCACGGUCUUUGCUUUCAGAACAGGAGCGUGUCGAAUUUGAAAAGCAUACAACCUAUGCGGAGGCGGUGCUGUUCAGUAUCCCCCGGUUCAGAAAAGCCAGCGAGAUUAUUGGCAGUCAGCACGAACAGUUUAAUGGCCAUGGUUUUCCACAGAAGCGUGUAGGAGAAGGGAUACCACUGGGCUCAAGAAUCCUUGCUGUUACGCGCGAUUACUAUGAAUGGAUGGACGGCGCGAUAGAAGAAGCACAGCUAACGCCAGCCGAGGCUGUGGCCAGAAUUGUUGCCGAAAGAGACAAUGCCUACGACGCCGGUGUAGUGAAAGCCUUUCAGAUCGUAGUUCGAACCAUUGAUGAGCUGGACCCAUCUCUGAAUGAAACAAGCGUGAGAACUGUUUCGUUACUGCCAGGAAUGCGUCUUGCCAGAGAUUUGAUUACCAAUGAAGGUGUCGUUUUGCUUGCUAAAGGCACAACCCUGACUGAAAACACGAUUGGCUCGCUAAUUAAUCUGGAACUGCGUUCAGAUAAAAAACUAAAGAUUUAUGUGCUCAAGGAAGAACCUGAAAAAAAUGCAGCCGCUUAG